AUGUUUAAUCUGUUGCUCGCGGAGGGGAAAUACGUCUUUGGCUCCGAAGCGUGGCUUCUCAUGCCCCAGUGCUCAACGGGCGUGCAUAAAGAGCUGAAAUCGGGGUCUGAGGCAGGGUGGCGGCGGUAUAUCGACGGCUGCGUGGGAACGGAGCCGAACGAGGAACGCAAGGCCUACUAG